AUGUCCUUCCGGGCCGCGUCCCCGGUCUCGCCGGUGCUGUCGCCGUCCUCGCCCUCCCUGUCGGGCUACUCGAGCUCGGAGAGUGAGGGUCCGCGGCGGCGGAGUGCCCGGCGCCCGUCCCGCUCCCCACAGACCACCACGAGCACGCUCCCCAUCAUUCGCGCCCAUGUCGAGCUCGACCCGAACCACCCCGAGCACGCUGACGCCCCCGCCGCCCCCUCGUCGGCAUUCACGAACGGCCAGGCAAACGGCAAGAUCAACGGCCAGCCCGUCAUUCGCAGGAGGAGGAGCAGCAGCGUCCACGCCAAGCCGCCCCCGGGCGUGACUCCGACCAAGGCGGUCGACUGGGAGAUUCCCCGCAAGACGUUCCACUCUAGCAUCGAAGAAUGCUCGCUGACAUCAGGCUUCUUCACGCUGGCGCUGUGGUACACGGACCCGCCGACGCUGCGGCCCUUGAUCACGUAUCUGUCCAUUGCGGCAGUGACGAUCGGUGCGAUCGACGUUGUGCGGCUCAACUUCCCCCGCUUCGCCGAGGUGUGGGAGAUGGUCGUCGGCUUCCUGAUGCGCGAGGAGGAGCGCACGAAACCCAACGGCGUGAUCUGGUACCUGAUCGGAGUCGUGUUCGUGCUCUCGUUCUACCCGAAGGAUGUCGCUGUCGUUGCCAUCCUGACGCUGAGCUGGAGCGACACGACGGCCUCGACCAUCGGCCGCCUCUGGGGCAAGUACACCAAGCCCCUGCCCUCGCACGUGCCCGGAAUCAAGUGGCUGCCGUUUGCGCCCCGCAAGUCGCUCGCCGGCUUCCUCGCCGCGACCGUCACGGGCUUCCUCAUCGGAGCCGGCUUCUGGCACAAGGGCUGCGAGGGCGAGGCAUCCUGGGAGGUGCUCCGGUACGGCCUCGGCCGCCUGCUCACUGCCGGCGUCGUCGGCGUCGGCGGCGCCGUCGUCGAGGCCCUCGACCUCGGAUGCGACGACAACCUCUCGCUGCCCAUUCUCUCUGGCGCCGUCGUGUGGGCCUGGCUCGCCGCCUCCUCGGCCGCCAUUCGCGCCCUCUUCUAA